GACAGUCAACUUUUGGUGUAGAAUAAGAAACGGUGACAUUUCCGGUGGUUAAUAUAAAACUGUCUUGUUUAAAUUCACCCUGAGAGUUUCUGGGGUCUUCAUGGAGGAAUCAAAUGUUUCCGUAUCCAGCGUACCUACGGAGGAUAUUACAAGACACAAGUUGGAUUCUAACGCCCAGGCUUCUGUGUUCGUCAGCUGACCACGAUGUUGUUCGAAAACACAGUAAGAAGAAACAAGCCUCUAGCCCACAGGUAAUCAGAACAAGUAAAAAAGAGCGAUCCCCAUGCCAGCUCAUUUUGGAGCAUUUUGACCAUCAGUACAGCGAAGAGCUCGGGGACUUGUGGCCAUCUGUGAGAUCUGUGCUGCUCGACCCUCCCUCUUGGCAGUACGGGAUUUUGCUCAACCGCUUUACCGUCGCGACAGACGUCAAGCGUGUCCUCUUGUCAAAAGGCUUUUCCACUCUACUGCCUCAGAAAGAAGCCCUGACAUUGCCUGGUGCGUUGCGCACCGUGUUCGAUGCCGACUGCCAAACAUCCAAAGGGUCUCUCUCCAAGUGUCCAAGCGAUAACUCGCAUCUCCGACUUGACAACGGUUCUCCAGCUCCCAUUCAGCAGGCUCAAUCAGAAGCUCGCUCGGGUCCGCCCCCCUCGCCACUGCAGUGUUACGUCCACCCCUUUCCGCUGCGUUUCCCAUCGCAGGCUCACAGGGCCGGCCAGCUGAAGCAGUACUACCUCCUCAACGCCGCUUCCUUGCUCCCGGUGCUCGCUCUGCAGGUCCAAGAUGGAGAGAAGGUUUUGGAUCUUUGCGCUGCUCCCGGGGGCAAAGCUUUUGCUAUAAUGCAGUGCGCUACCCCAGCCUUCCUUUGCUGCAAUGAACCCGAUCGUCAUAGACGCGACCGGCUGACUAAAACCUUGGAGUCUUUCCUGCCGCGCUCGGUGAGCAGCCGGGUGGUUGUCUCGGCCCAAGAUGGACGGUCCUUUGGGCAAAGUGAGGCGGGGAUGUAUGACAAAGUCCUGGUUGACGCUCCUUGCUCCAAUGACAGGAGCUGGCUGUUCUCGUCUGCUGGCCAGCAGGUGGAACGGAGGUUAAAAGCGAGAGGCAGCCUGCCGCGGAUCCAGGUUCAACUUCUACGCUCUGCGCUGUCGGCGGUGCGUCCGGGGGGCAUCGUGGUCUAUUCAACAUGCACCAUGUCCAGCUGGGAGAACUUUAACGUGGUUGAGGCCGUGCUCAAAGACUGCCCCGAAGCUGAACCCGAGGACCUCUGGGAGGAGAUUGCUCUUCCCUUAUCGAGCUACUUCACAUUUAGCCCCGCUCACCGUGGACUGGUACCUAACACUCGAUCCGUGUCCUCAUAUGACCGCCGUCUGGGCAUGCUAGUGGUUCCCCAGCCUUGUAAAACCUGGGGGCCGAUGUUUUUGGCUCGGCUUAGGAAGAGGAAAUAAUGUGUCUUUUGCAGAGAGAGGGCCUUAUCUGAUGACAUUCAUUCAUUCAUUCAUCUUCCUAACCGCUUGAUCCUCACUAGGGUCGCGGGGGGUGCUGGAGCCUAUCCCAGCUGUCUCCGGGCAGUAGGCGGGGGACACCCUGAAUCGGUUGCCAGCCAAUCGCAGGGCACACAGAAACAAACAACCAUCCACGCCCACACUCACACCUAGGGACAAUUUAGAGUGUUCAAUCAGCCUGCCAUGCAUAUUUUUGGAAUGUGGGAGGAAACCGGAGCACCCGGAGAAAACCCACGCAGGCCCGGGGAGAACAUGCAAACUCCACACAGGGAGGCCAGAGCUGGUAUCGAACCCGGUACCUCUGCACUGUGAAGCCGACGUGCUAACCACUGGACUACCGGACCGCCCUGAUGACAUUAUUUUUAUUAUUUUUUUGCCUGCUUUUCGAAAAGCAAAACACUGACAUCCGACUUGUAAUUCGAAAGUUCACUCAUUGACCUUUAACAGAGUUCCAAUCCCCCCCCCCUCCCCACACACAUUGCAGUGCAUCAAAAUUUGACGGGAAAUCACUCAUAUCGGGACGCUGUUGCAAGUAUUCCCUCGACUCUCAAUUACAGGUGAGCCUCAAUUGCAGUUUCUUUUUGUUCACGGCUCAUUUAACUAAAUUUAGGUGAUCAUUCUUGGGGGGGGGUGAGCCCUCAGGCAGCAAACUGAGGUCCACUUUUACCCAAAUAAAGUGGAAACGGUACUUUGGCAAAUAUGUGAAGCUGUUCGUGUUUUUUUUUUUUUCUCUCAACAUGUCCUUUCAUUCUAAGGAGGAAAUGUAAGAGCGGUAAUCAUGUCAUGAAAUUAAAGCUCCCCUGCGCUGUCCUACACGAAAUUAGCGGCACUUUUUAAGUACCACUACAUCAAAUUAUACACCCUUCAACAAGUCAUCAAGUUCUAUCAUCCCCCAGAAGCUCAUUACCUGAAUGCUGUCAUGCCAGAGCGGUCAGUACAACUCUUUAGCCGGAUGAAAAUGCUCAGACCUUAAAUGUCCUUGAAUGCGGCCGUACAACCGCCGGCGUUUUUAUCUUCUCAACACUAAAGUGGCGCCGAGCAGCGUGGACGAGGCCAAGCGGUCCCACUUUGGAUACGCGACCAAUACGACGUGUUGAUGGAUGCGCACCCCCCCUGCGUGUGGUUGAGUCACGCCGUUCAGAUUUCACGCACGAUAGCCCAGAGGGAUUGAGAAUGAGUUUGGGAAAACGUGGCGGUUAUCUGGAAUCCCCAAUCUGAGCAGCCGAGCAUGGCUGGCAUACCCCCCCCCCCCCCCCCCACCACCACGAUCCCC